AUGGAUCGAAGUUGGAUGAACGCAUCACGUAUAACUGAAGAGUACGAGAAUGGUGUUGAAGAGUUUUUACUGUUUGCUCAAAGUAAAGCGCAACCUAUGUGGGGAAAAUUUUUUUGUCCAUGUGUGAAGUGUGGAAAUGGGAGGCUCCAAACAAUUGAUGACAUAAGAACUCAUCUUAUUUGUGAGGGAAUAAUUCGUAGCUACACAAAGUGGAUAUGGCAUGGGGAAUCCCUCGAUACAGCUGACAUGUCACACGCUGACGAUGUUACUACAGACAGCGGAAAUCCUAUAGAAGAAAUGAUUCGCGAUCUUGGGCAAGAGGGGUUUGAAGAGGCACAUGCAGCGUUGUAUGACAACAUAGAAGUUGAUUCAAAAAUGCCUUUGUAUUUCGGCUGCAUAUCUUUCACAAAAUUGUCAGCUGUGUUAGCUCUGGUUAACUUGAAGGCUCGAUUUGGGUGGAGUGACAAGAGUUUUAGUGAGUUGCUGAUGUUGUUGACAAACAUGCUUCCUACUGAUAAUGUCUUGCCAAAGAAUCACUACCAAGCAAAGAAGAUUUUAUGUCCAGUUGGGAUGCAGUACGAAAAAAUUCAUGCAUGUUGUAAUGACUGCAUUUUGUACAGAGAUGAUUUUGCUGAACUAGAUUACUGCCCUGUGUGUGGGGUUUCUCGGUACAGACCGACCAACGGAGAUUCUACUAUACUAGUCUCAGACGCGGACCACCGUCCAGCAAAGGUGUGUUGGUAUCUUCCAAUAAUACCAAGGUUUAAGCGGUUGUUUGCUAAUGGGGAAGAUGCAAAGAACCUUAUAUGGCAUGCAAAUACCAGAAAAUCAGAUGGAUUGAUGCGACAUCCUGCAGAUAGCCCGCAAUGGAAGGCAAUUGAUCGUCUGUAUCCUGAAUUUGGGGCAGAGCCUAGAAAUUUAAGGCUUGGUCUUGCAACGGACGAAAUGAACCCAUUUGGAACCUUAACUACUAACCAUAGCUCGUGGCCCGUUUUGCUGUUCAUUUAUAAUCUCCCUCCGUGGUUGUGCAUGAAGCGAAAGUAUGUUAUGCUGAGUAUGAUGAUAGCUGGUCCAAGACAACCAGGUAAUGAUAUUGACGUAUAUCUAAGACCGUUAAUUGACGAUUUGCGGAAAUUGUGGGAUGAAGGGGUUGAUGUAUGGGACGCAAAUUUGCAGCAUGCUUUCAAGUUGCGUGCAAUGGUUUUUUGUACCAUCAAUGACUUUCCAACCUACGGAAAUUUAAGUGGAUAUAGUGUCAAAGGACAUCACGCAUGUCCUAUAUGUGAGCAGAAUACAAGUUUCCGCCAACUUAAACAUGGAAAGAAGACUGUGUAUACUAGGCAUCGAAGAUUUCUCAAACAGUAUCAUCCGUAUCGACGAUUGAAGAAGGCAUUCGAUGGAAGUCAAGAACAUGAAACCGCGCCAAAUCCAUUAAAUGGCGAUGAAGUAUAUCAGCGGGUCAAGGAUGUCGUAAAUAUGUUCGGCAAGUCCCAAAAAAAACCAUCAUCCACUUCAAAAAUGUGGAAAAAGAAGUCUAUUUUCUUUGAUCUUCCGUACUGGUCCGAUCAUCAUGUUAGGCAUUGUAUAUACGUCAUGCAUGUCGAGAAAAAUGUUUGUGAUUCUUUAAUUGGAACCCUCCUAAACAUUAAAGGCAAGACAAAGGAUGGUUUCAAGUGUCGUCAAGACUUGGUUGACAUGGGUAUACGUCAAGUGUUGCAUCCUAUCUCAAAAGGUAACAGGACAUAUCUGCCCCCAGCCUGUUACACAAUGUCAAUAGCUGAAAAGAGAAGUUUUUGUGAAUGCUUGCGUAAUAUCAAAGUCCCACAAGGCUACUCUUCAAACAUCAAGAGUCUUGUGUCUGUGAAUGAGCUUAAGUUGGUUGGCUUGAAAUCACAUGAUUGUCAUGUGUUAAUGCAACAACUUUUGCCUGUUGCAAUCCGCGGAACAUUGCCUGAGAAGGUCCGUGUUGCAAUCAGUCGCUUGUGUUUCAUUUUUAAUGCUAUAUGUGCCAAGGUCAUUGACCCUAAACAGUUGGAUGCUUUGGAAGAUGAGGUUGUCUUUGUCCUUUGUCAAAUGGAGAUGUUUUUCCCUCCUUCAUUUUUUGACAUUAUGGUACACUUAGUUGUUCAUCUGGUAAGGGAAAUAAGGUGUUGUGGUCCUACGUAUUUUAGAUGGAUGUAUCCAGUUGAGCGGUACAUGAAGGUCUUAAAGGGUUAUACGAAGAAUCGACAUCGACCAGAGGCCUCAAUAGUGGAAAGAUACGUUGCUGAAGAAUGCAUUGAGUUUGCCUCACAGUACAUUGACUCAUUGAAACCUGUCGGUGUUCCUGCAUCCCGGCAUGACCAGCCAAUAGCCGGCAAGGGUACUCGUGGAUACAAUGUUGUGACAAUGACUAGACAUGACGUGUCACAAGCACAUUUGUAUAUAUUAAACAACACAACAGAGGUGUUUCCGUACACAGAGGCUCACAAAAAACAUGUUAGAGAUAGUCACCCCAAAAUGAACAUGAUGAGGGUAUUGCAAGAGCACAACAAAACUUUCAUAAAUUGGUUUAGACAAACAAUAUUUGCUGAUAAAAGUGUUUCCAGACGACUGCCAUUGUUAGCCAUUGGCCCAAAUUUGAAUGUCCCUACAUGGAAGGGGUAUGACAUUAACAAUUAUUCAUUCUACACAAAGUCCCAAGAUGAUAAAAGUUCGGUACAAAACAGUGGGGUCUAUGUUGAUGCUGAUUCGGAGCACUUUUCCAGUACAUCGGAUAACAACCCCAUUCGAGCAUCCAUGUCUUACUUUGGUGUCAUUCAAGAAAUUUGGGAGGUUGAUUAUACAUCAUUUAGAGUGCCUGUUUUUAAGUGUCAGUGGGUGAACGGGACAACGGGUGUGUUUCAAGAUCCAUUGGGAUUUACUUUGGUAGACCUUAGUAAGGUGGCAUAUAUAGACAAACCUUUCAUUAUGGCAGCACAAGCCAGACAAGUUUUCUAUGUACAAGAUCCAUGUAAUUCAAGUUUGUCUGUGGCUCUGCAAGGAAGACCAAGUGGAAUGAAUUACCAUAAUGAUGAGUCAACCCUUGACAUUGGUCAAAUGUCUGGUUUUUCAAAACAAUUGCCUUCAAUGAAUGAAGCUGAUGAAGUGGAUGAUGGACAUGCAAAUCGUGUAGAUCAUGAUGAAGGUCUAUGGGAAAACAUCCCUACAGGCUGA